AGGCGCUCUUUUGGAGGAGGGACUUCGGCGGAGUUCAGGGCUUUUCUUUCUGUAACCAGCUCCCUUGUGGAGGGUCGGUGGUCUCCGAGUAAAAGCAGCUCUUUCCAUCAACGGUAGGAUUUCGCUCCGUCCGGCCAGCCCGGAACCUCAAGUCGGAGCACCGUAUUUCCUGAUUGACUGCCUUGGCAAUCACUUCCGCUCAGGGGUUUGGAAUACCUGAGACCCUUCCGCGGCGAACAAGAAGAGAAACACUUCCGGUCUCUGUUGCUAAGGCACGGGCCCGGUGGGCCGUAGAGACGACAUUAUUGGUGUCGUCCUCUCCCCCCUUCCCGGGGGUCGAGAUGUCGGGGCUGAGCUGCUCAGAGAUGGAGGGCUGUCGUAACCUGCUCGGCCUACUGGACAACGAUGAGAUCAUGGCCCUAUGCGACACCGUCACCAACCGCCUGGUGCAGCCUGAGGACCGGCAAGAUGCCAUUCGUGCAAUUUUAGUGUAUAGUCAAAGUGUAGAAGAACUUCUGAAGCGUAGAAAAGUCCAUCGAGAUGUCAUAUUUAAGUACUUGGCAACACAGGGAGUUGUUAUACCUCCAGCUACUGAAAAACACAAUCUUAUUCAAUAUGCAAAAGAUUACUGGGAAAAGCAAUCACCACUGAAAUUGAAGGAAACACCAGAGCCAGUUAUGAAGACAGAGGACAUCCAACUCUUUCAACAGCCGGCAAAAGAAGAUAAAAAAGCUGAAAAGGUUGAUUUUCGUCGCCUGGGAGAAGAAUUCUGUCACUGGUUCUUUGAACUUCUUAAUUCUCAGAAUCCUUUUCUGGGACCACCUCAAGAUGAAUGGGGUCCACAACACUUCUGGCAUGAUGUCAAGCUUAGGUUUUAUUACAACACAUCAGAACAAAAUAUGAUAGACUACCAUGGAGCAGAAAUCGUGAGCCUUCGUUUGCUGUCACUAGUGAAGGAAGAAUUUCUUUUCCUCAGCCCCAACCUAGAUUCCCGUGGACUGAAAUGUGCUUCUUCUCCCCAUGGGCUAGUUAUGGUUGGAGUUGCCGGGACUGUCCACCGAGAAAACACAUGUUUGGGCAUUUUUGAACAAAUUUUUGGACUCAUUCGGUGCCCUUUUGAGAAUACUUGGAAAAUCAAAUUUAUCAACCUAAGAAUUGUUGGAGAGGGUUCCCUUGCUCCUGGAACAUUACCGAAACCAGCUAUUACAUUUGAACAAAGUGAUCUAGAGGCCUUUUAUAAUGUAAUCACAUUAUGUGGUACCAGUGAAGUACACCUUAAUGUAAAGCAGUCAUUGGAUAGUGGAACUGGAGACCAAACUUUAUGUAGUGGAAAUGAGGCAUUGAUGAACAAAAGAGAACUGAGUUUACCUAACCUUCUAAGGCAUUGAGCUCUGUACGUUCGCCUAAAAGUCUUCUAUACAGAAACUCUUCUAAAUAUUAUAUCGAUAAUGUCUAAGUGUUUUCAGAUGUGAAGAUGGACAUAUUUUAGUUGAAAUACCUUUCUGGACUACAGACUGACAUGUAAAUAUUUGCCUAUUUCUACUUGAGUUGCACCAAAUGUUCUGAGGGCUUAAUGCAGUUCAUCAAAUAAAUCCCACUUUAGAUGUUACAGCUAACCAUGUGCCUUAGAAACCAGGUAAUAUUUUCACUUACGAAUAUUCUGCUAUUUUUUAUUCCCACUUUUCACGUGGGAAAAGAUUAAUAGUGUUUAAGACUUUCCCUCUUUAAGUUUCUCAUUUACUUUUAUCUGGAUAAUUGGAUAUUUUGCAAAUGCAUCUCACUACAGUAAUUUUUUUUUAAACUAUUAAAUAUUUUAGAGAUGUUUAAUGUAAACUCAGUUCUCAUUUUAGAAAACUUGAAUGACAUUCUUAUGCAAAAAGUCCAGUAAUAUACCAGGUGGAGAAAAAUUUAUCGCCUCUUUAAAUAUUUGAGGAACAUUUUUCAGUUAUCUGCUAUAGUACAAGCUAAGUAUCUUUUAUAGUCUGCAUCAUUUUUGGAACUAUUUUGGGCAGUGGUAAAUGCUGUUCUCAAAACAGACCUUAUUCUUACCUAGGCUUCAGCUAACAGUUUUAUAGAGCAUUUAUUGUAACAUCAUAUAAAGGAAAUAUAGUGUUGAAAUUUUAAA